UCUGUCCCCCUCCCCUCUCUAUUUGGGAUACCCAUGUGGGGCCGCCUCAUGGGCUCUACCGGGGUCCCCCUGCUGCUGCUGGUGGUGGUGGUGGGGGGGGGGGCGCUGUGCUGGAUCCCCGGAAGCGAAGGGGGGAAGGAGCCCCCAGCCCAUUUCUUGUUCCAGUCAAAGGCCGAGUGCCGCUUCCUGAACGGGACGCAGCGGGUGCGGUUCCUGUACAGGCAGUUCUACGACCGGCAGGAGUUUGCCCGCUUCGACAGCGACCUGGGCAAGUUCGUGGCCGUGACCGAGUUGGGGCAGCCCGAUGCCGACACUUGGAACAGCGAUAAGGCCCUCCUGCAGUACAAGAGGGGCCAAGUGGAUCGUUACUGCCGGCACAACUACGGGGUGUACAACCAGGAGGGGAUUCAUGUGAUUGGCCGGAGAGCCAAGCCCACCGUCACCAUCUCCCCCACCAAGGCAGACCCCGCGUCCCCCAACACCAUCCUCCUCUGCACCGCGACGGGCUUUUACCCCCUGGAGAUCGACAUCCGGUGGCUGAAGAACGGGCGGCCGGAGAAGGAGGGCGUCGCCUUCGGGGAGGAGCUGCAGAACGGAGACUGGACCUACCAGCGCCAGGUGAUGCUGGAGACCCGGCCCAAGCGGGGGGACGUCUACGCUUGCCAGGUGGGGCACGCCAGCCUGGAGGCCCCCAUCACCGUCCAGUGGGAGCCACGUUCCUCCAAGUCUGCCAGGAGCAAACUCUGGACGGGGGCCGUGGGGGCCGUGCUGGGGGUGGCCUUCCUGGCCGUGGGGCUCUCCCUCUACCUGAAGAGCAAGAAAGCACUCAUGAGUUAAUCCUGCUAUCGCUUCCUGCUGUCAGAUGCAAAAGGAUGUUUUUUCAGGAGCUGAUGAAUUUCUGCCUCUUUUGCAACCCUUGAAGGAUGGAAGUUCGAGGCGGUGGGUUGGCGAGAGGAGGAGAAUCGCAGCCUGGACCUUCCCCUGCCGAGACCCACCAGCUUCCUUCCACGCCUCUCUUCCUUUUGCGGGAGGGGAAUUGGGAGGGGAGCAGAGGCCAUCUAGUCUGUCCCCAGGAGCUCUUGGCCUGCCUGUUGCUGCAGACCCCCCAACCUCUCCUGCUCAGCACAGACCCCCAUUGAGGGCAAUGGCUGCAACCAUCCACCCCACAGCCCCUUAACCAAAAUCCAUCUGGCGCUUAUUCCAGCCCACUGGAUCUGGAGAGAUCCCAGAUGCUCUGCAUACUGAGAUCCCCCCUUUCUGAGAAGUGAUCUCGGGGAUCAACCGCUGUCUGCCCAGCAGAGCCCAACCACUUUUCCCUUCCUUGGAUCCCCCCUCGUUUCUCGGCUUUGAAUCCACAGGAGCUUCAUCCAUGUUGCGGUUCUCCUCUGAGUUAAUUUCCUUUGCUUUUCUUUGCUAUAAAUCAAUAAACUUUAGACUGCAGGAAAACC